GUUGUAUAAUAUUUACACGCAAAGUUGACGCCGCCGCCGGUUUUUCGUCGAUUAUUAUUUCCCGCCACCGCCAACGGCAUUAUAUUUUUAUCGAAUAACGUAAUUUGUCGUCUCCCUCUCCCGCCAACCGUCAAGCGACCGGCGACUGUCACUUCAAUUCAACAAAACUCCAUUUUAAUAAUGGCUUCUGUUGUCAACGAACCAGCGGAACAAGUGGUAGUUAUUAAAACCGAAGAUGACGAAGAUUCUGAAAUUGAUGCUAUGGCUCGUAAAUUGAAAGAAAAAUAUAAGCAAAACGCAACAGCUGCAGCAAAACAGAAGGCUGCUCCUCCAGCUAUCAAUAAAACAAAUAAGCAAGAAAUAUUAACUGAAGAUUGUGUAUACAUUGAGAGCAUAAAAGGUGUCUUUGCUUGGAUGAAAAUUGGAGGAUUCUACAUACCCUAUAUCUUUCGAAUAAUUAAUGGUAAACAUUUGAAGUUUGUAUCCGUACGUAUGGCUGAAACUCAGCUACUCAGCCAAUAUAUAAAUUAUUUGCAUGCAGAUAAUAUGUAUAAAUGUACAGCAAUAAAAAGUUAUUUUAUCUCUGAUUAUGAAGCUAAGUUAUUAAAUGAGAUCAACCAAAAACAUGCUGACUGUGGAUAUGGAAAAGAAAUAUUUGUCGCAGGAAAAGAUUUUAUCGUCACUUUAGAAGAUGUUCAAGAAUUUAAUACAUUCAUGGACAUAUGUUAUAAAAAAAUAGUGGGCAAUAUUACUCCAGACAAUAAUGAAAAAUGCGGAUUUAUAUAUAUUAACUCUGAUUCGGUUGUACCCGAGGUUGUACCAUAUUGUACUAUAGAUGGUAAAAAAUUUGUUCCAAUAUUUUACUUUGAGGGCCAAACUAAACAUUUCAUGUCUCUAGCUGUAAAAAUAGAAAAUUGGAACUUGGCCUAUGUCAAGUUCUGUUGUAAUGUUGUUCAGGGUAUCAAAAAUGAGUUUCUUGAUAGUGACUCUUGUGAAAUGCUCAAUCUUGAUGAUAUUAAGAAUUUUUAUUCGCCAGAAACAAAUUUUAUAGAAUUUUGGCCAACUUUUGUUAAUAUACAACCCGAUAUUAAUCAGUUAUCUAAUCGUGUCAAUACACCUCGUGCCUGGUUUAGAGCACCCCCUGAAGUAGUACCUUCUGAAAAUACUAUUCCUUGUACAUUAAUAGAAGUAGCACCACCAGUACCACAUACUAUUCCAGAGAACAAGAACACCUAUCAAAAGAAAAGGCCAGUGAACCAAAUGAUUAAUUCAUAUACCAAUCAGCCUCAGACUCAGACUCAGCCUCCAUCAGCAGUUCGUAUCUACUAUGUUGCAAGAAGAAAUCGAAGUAUUGUUCCCCAGUGCUAUAAUACGGGUUCUAUGUCUCAAGGUAGUAGUUUGCGAAACGUUGCGAGUCAUGUUGCACCAUCGCUUUUAGUCCGUUCUGCCGUACAUACCAAUACGGCACCAGUAUUGAAUAAUGUUGGGCCAAUUGUAAUUGCUCCACCAAAUGAAAUAAUUGACUUGACAGGUCUUGAUUGAUAUUGAUAAGUACCUUUAUAUUUAAAACAAGUAUAUUAUAUUUAUUCACAAAAAUAGCAUGUGCAUCACUUCAGCCAAUUUUGUAUAACAUAGAUAAGU